AUGUCCGUGCGUCUAGACCGGGAGGUAGACUCGACCGACUACCUUGGUAAGGCUGUGUCAGGCGGUGAAGUGUCGGUGUUCCUGUGCGAGGACUUCUCAUCACGUGCCAACCCGGGGUACAUGAUUGUCGUCAACGGUGUAUUGUACGGUGGUAAAAGUGGCGAGGCCUACUUGUCGGGCAAUAGCUAG